AUGUCAGUGGAAAACUCAUCCCCCUUUGUGCGUGCGUACGACGCAUCCCGCGAUUUCCACCAUGGACUACAUGUGUACCACAGCACCAUCUCCGCCUCGCUCGGCUCCAACCCCAUACGCACAAUCGGGACGUAUCUCUGGUACACGGCGUGCCAAUGGCUUGCGGAUUUUACACGCAAGUUGGCGCGGUAUCCGGCGCAUUUGCAUGUGCAUGUUUUGCCCGAGUACCAGAAGAAAAAGGGUGGGGGCACGCAGUUGGUGCAUGGGUUCUGCGAGGCGGUGCGUGAGAAAGGGGCAGUGGGCGUGCAUUUGGACAUGGUGGCGCGGAAUGCAGGGGAGAGGGCGUUCUAUGAGAGAUUGGGGUUUGGCGUUUGUGGGCAGGUGCUGGAUGGCGGGGAGAGUGGGAAGACGGGGGUGAAUGGGGAUGUAAGUAGUGACGUUGGUCAAGCAUCUCUCGGCUUUGUGAGAUUGGAAUACUGCGUCAUGUCAUGUUGA